CAUGACCGUGGGCCGGUGGAUGGACAUCGUGAACAUCUUCAUCUCGCUGGUGGGUGAGAUCUGGUGCCUGGUUCGGGCUGGAAUCAUGCUGGACGUCUGUCGGGCCCAGGAUUUUUCGCAAAAGUUCCCAGAAUCCAGUUCCAGGCAGCCCCAGCCAAGGCCUGAGGUCCACGGCAGAAAGUCCAGCUCUGUGACCGAGCCCUCGGGUGAGAGGUCGGCGCCGAGAGGCCGCGCCAGCUGAAGUGGCUUCGUUCGCAUGGUGUAAGUGCUCCACCCAGCGGGCUCUGCUGAGAACAUUGUCAACCCGGGACUCAUGAGUCUUUGCUCCUCCUCCUGUCCGUGGAAAUGGCAAGGCCCCUACAGCCUCCUGCUGCCUGGCAUGACAGAGACUGUGCAACUGGUUCCUCCCUACUCGAGUCCUCCGGCCUCCUCUGAUCUCUCCCUCGCGCCUCCCAGCACCUCCAGGCCCCUGGGCUUCCAGGUCUCCCAGCAGUCCCAAAGGCCUAGUUUCAUCAAGGCUGCAUAUGGAGGUGGCUGGGGGGGAGGCCAUGGGGGACGGGGCAACUAGGAGGAGCAUGGCCAAAGCCAGAGCAGGCUGCUGCCAUCUGACUCUGUUGGUGGCCUGCUGGAUGCACGCAUGGGUGCUCCUAUGGCCUGGCCUCCAGUCCAGCUGGCCCCGAUGUGUGGCUGGGAGGGAGUGAACAGUCCCAUGGCUGUGCUGUGUGGGCUGAGGGUGGAGGUCCAGGCACAGGCUGGCUAAUCUAGCUCAGACACACUUAGGGUAAAGGGCUCAUUCCUCACUGGUGCAGGUUGGGGGCUUCCGCAGCUCCCCUCCAUGUGCCCCUCUGCGCCAGGGGCCGGCGUGUCACUCAGUGCCCCUUAGCACCAGCUGUCCAUCGGGGGACACAGAGCCGUGCCUCUGGAGCCUGUUCCCCGGGGGCUCUGAAGGGGAGAGGGCACAUUUCUUGUGCUGAGCCUGCAGUUGGGCUGGCGCUGGCUGCUGCUCUCUCCCACCUUGCACUGGCUUGUCCUUCAGAGCCCUUGGGCCGCCACCUCUAGGGCUGUGACUGACGAGCACCUGUGGUGGGGUCCAGACACCUCCCACGAUGAGCAGUGGCCACUGUAUCUGCAUCCCUGUGGCGGGAGCGAGGUGGAACAGGGAUCCGUGACUUUUGUACUGUCUAGUGUAUGGACACGCACGAGAAUAAAGUGUUUAAAACAAGCUGAGCUGGAGGGUGGGUGGCAAAGGCCCGGCCACCUUCCAUCACUCUCCUUACACUGGGUCAGAACUGUCCACUGUGGCUUGAGCAGGUGGUCAAGGUGGCCUGCUGGCAGUGUUGCAAAUGGUUGGAGCUGUGUGGCCUGAUGUACUUCAGUCUUCCCUCCCCUCCCCCGCCAUGCCAUCCCUUGCGCCUGCUCUGGCUUUGGCAUGUGUGUCUUACCAGUUCGGACUCAUCCAGCCUGUUGUCAGACGCCGCCCCGGUGUGGUGCUCUGCCGUGUGGUCUGCUCCCUUCCGUGCAGAUAACCGUCCGACUGUGUGUACACGUGUGCUCUCUCCUAAUGCUGAGCGGGCUCUGUGCACGUAGCCGCCACCGCAGCCUUCUGAGAGCGCCAAUGACACGGUGCGAAGGCCCUGGACCCAGGUUUAUUGUCAAACGACACAUCCUGGGCGUCUAGACCAGACGUCAACAGUUUACAUUAGUACAUACACAAGCCCUGGCUAUGGACUCCGCUCAGAUAGCGGCCAGGGGGUUCCGCUAUCCCCUCGGCUGGACAAGACAGCUCCUCUAGAUACACAGACACCAACAAGUUACACCUCACUCCUUGUGUAGCGAGGCGCCACCCUUCAAUGGAUUAGCUUGACACCCUGACAUACCAAGACACCUCCCAUCCCUUCCAUCAUGCUGUCACCCCGAGCCUGUGCUGCCCCGGGUCGCACUGUCCCUGUUCUCUGUGGGGAGCGUACUGGUACCGAGCUGUUUCUGCAGCGAGAUGUCCUGUUCCCAUCCUCCUGGGAUGUUUACGCACAUGGCCUGUGCCUGCUGCCUCCUAGUGUGUGUUUCUGUAAUAGCAGCAGCCCUGCCCUGCCCUUGCCAAGUCUCUGUGAGCAGGACCUGCCCUUUGCUCACAGCUUAGCUCCGCUUUCUGGUAGCAAAGCACUGACUGUUGUUCAGGCCUCCGGCCUCCCACUAGGCCUCCAUUGUCAGGCCCUCUGAUUACUACACCGCCCAGUAAGAUUAUGGGGGAGGGUAACGUCGGAGGCCAGCCCAGCAAGCCAGUUCUUGGGCACCCACCUUCCACAUCAGUUGUGGGUCCUACAGAACCAUUUCUGCUCCCAGCAGACACCCAGCUACCACCUAGAAUCCCAGGGCUGGAAGAGACCUCAGGAGUCACCAAGUGGGAGUUCUGUUGGAGGGGC